AUGGGCAACCUAGCACCAGACAAAGCACAACGACAAACCCCCCUUCAGCCGCAAUAUUUUUUCGCGAUUUUACUCAUACCCCUUCACGGAUACUACAAUCAUAUACGGCGUGAUGGGUGGCUAAACGGAGCGAUAGGUCUUCUCAAGGAGACUGCGACGCUUGUUCUCCUUGUGCACUUUUACCUUGGUAAUUCUCACGCAAGCCGCGACAAUAAGCGUCAUGUUGCAGAACGUAAUGUGCGGCGAGCUAUUCACGCGGCAAACAUGACCGGCAUCGCCUUUAUUGCGUUUGGGUUAGUUUGGGGGUGCUACGUCCUAACGACACACGGCAUAAGCGACAGUGAGAAUUCGUUUGUUAUAAUGAAUAAUAGGGUUUACCUUGUCGCGCUGAUGACAGUGGCUUUCUUCAUCCAACUCUGCUCUUUAAAGCCUGGUAUUAAUGAGCUCAAGUUUUUUAAAUAUAUUUUGAGGUAUCCAUGGCGUUUUAUGUGGCCAGCGCGACAGACGGAAUUGUUCGGAGUUGGUGAAAUUAGACGUUAG